GUUGGGGAGAUGCUUAGAAGAGGCAUUACACUAUUGACAUUAUUUUUCUAGUUUUCUGAAUGAUUUAGGAAUGGUUUAGUUUAUUGAAAGUUGUGAAAAUAGACAUGGGUUCUUGUGAACCCUCGGUUCUAGUUGAGGGAUCCUUAUGUGGGUUUCCGGAUGGAACGGUAGGAGAAUUAGGAAAUACUUUGGGCGACAUGGGAGGUGUUACUUUGGAAUCAGUUGAUGAGUUUAGAGACUUACAGGGUUGUAAAGUUGCUGUUCUUGAUCCGGAUUCAUCAUCGGGGGCAGCUUGCAAGUUGGGUAAUUGUAUUGAGGACAGCAUAAGUCGACCGGUUACUGAACAGUUCUGCUCUGAAGUGGCUUGCCCUUUAUUUAAUACUAAUGGGGACACCACAAGCUCUGUGGAUGGGUGUUGUGAUUCUUCUCAAAAUCUUAGAGCUAAUCUAGUAGGCUCCAGUAGUGGCUUGGGGACAUCUAUUUCUGGGAGGGAUGAUUCAUGGAAUUGGCAGCAAGAUACGGGUGGUUCAUUACUAGAGCAAAAACUGCAGGAUGAAUGUGGAUUUUCUUCAUCUAAUACAAGUGGGGACACCACAAGCCCAGUGGAUGGGUGUCCUGCUUCUAAUAAAAUUGGUACUAAUUCAGUAGAUAUCAGACUAGAGGCACCUAUUUCUGGGUGGGAUGGUUCAUCAGAUGGGCAAAAAGAUACGGGUGUUUUGGUAUACGAGCAAAAGCUUCAGGGUGGGCUCUGCUCUACCGAGAGUGACAGGGACAAGCACUUAUGCUAUUCAGGAACUGUAGGGUUAUAUUUGGAAACAGAAGGACCACGCCAUGAGGAUGAAAUGGGGCAAUUCAUGGAGGCUGAAGAGAUUUCAUUGGCCUCAGUGCCCUUGACUGUUUCUCAGAGUAAAAGCAGCCAGUAUGUGGAGGAGAAGUUUCCUGGGGAAGCAGAUCGUUUGUCAGUGGAAGCAGUUACUGCCUUCAAGGAGGUUAAGGAAGAGCAAUGUGAUGUUAUAACCAGGAUAUCAGUUAGCCUGAGCACACGAGCAUCACUUAAAGAAGGUAAUACCUGCAAUUUGAUGGUAGGGCCACCUGAUGUAGCUUCUGACCACGUAGUUGAAGAAAAAGUCCCUCAGCUAUGUGAUUUUGUGAAUAUUGUUUCUUGUAAAAGCUUGGCUGUUCCGGAUCUUGAGGAAGGGUGUGCACCAAGUUGUGCUCUAAUUUGUGGAGGUAGGGUUGACUCUACUGUGCAAAUUUAUAAUGAAGACAGAGGUUGUGCUAAACCCAACAAUGUCAGUGGUCCAUCGGAGGAAACAGUUAUUGAUUCACAAGAGGUUGUGGAACAGAAAUUUGAUGUCUUAUUGGGGACAUCAGUCAACUUGAGCUCCCAGGAAUUGUGUAUUGAAGAAAAUAUUUGCAAUUUAUUGCAACGGUCACUCAAUGUAGCUUCUGAAUUUUCUGGUGAAGAAUCAACUUCACCACAAUCACCUCUGCCUCUUAAUGUUGUGGCUAAUGGAUCUUCUAAAAGAUCUGGCUCACCAGAUCUUCAGGAAAGUAAUGGUCUUAAUGGUUAUCUGAUGUGCAGCAGCAUGGUUGAUUCAGUUGAUAGUGCUGUCGGUGAAGGAAAGGCUAAUAGUAAACCACAUUUUGUUUCAGAAUCCAACUGUCCCGAUGGUGUACAUGUGCUCCCUCGGAGGAGUACCCGUGUGAGCAAAUUAAAUCAAAUGAAUGAGACAAGAAAGGCUGCAAUUCAGUGCAAUAAUAAAGUCAAUAGUUCACUCCCAAAAAGAGCCAUUGGGAUCUCCUUCAAAAUAGCGAGAAGGAAAAGAAGCUAUUCCUGCAAACCUGCACGUUCUUCUACUUGGGGGGUGUUAGGAAACGUUAUGCAAGCGUUCAAGCAGAAUGAAGGGAUCCUGAAGCAGGAUUCUGAUUUAGUUCGAGCUCAAACCUGUGGAUCACAGAAAACCGAGGGUUGCCAAGGAAGUGAAAAGCAGAAGAGGACUUGGGCAUCUAGAAAUUCACAAAAGCCAAAAGCAGAAAAUAAUGCUUCAAGUGGUUGUGUUCGUGUGAAAGUUAAAAUGGGGAAAAACGUGGGCCAAAAUAAUUUGAAGAAUGUGCUACCUCAGGGGGAUAAUCCUUCAGCAUAUGGGGAAACUAUGAUAAAUGAAUCUCUGUCUGAGUCAAAUUGCAGAACCAGCUUAGAAAUCCCUUGUGUAGCUAAUGAUGUGGAAAUGAAACAUAAGCUGGGGGAAGAUGUAAAACCGUGCAAUAGAAGUCUGGAAAUGCCAGCCACACCUCUAGAUGUUUCUGUUCUGGAUGCACUUCUUGCGGAUAAAGAUUUGGUGAGCAUUGUGACACAAGACAUAUCAGUUGGAAAUUCAGGUGAUUGCCAUGUUUCCUCUCAAAUAGGAACUGAAUCAUUGGGAGAAGCAUCUGAGAUUAAGAACACAGAUCCUGGUACAUCACCUCAUUCAGAAGUGAUAAACGUGAUUCAGGAAGUCCAAGUUGGUGCAGGAAUGCAAGUGGACGUACAAGAUGCUUCUUUUGAUUCGGCCCAAGCUGUUGUUCCUCCGGAAGAUGUUAUGGGUUCCAAGAUGCUCCUUGUGAAGUCAAAAAAAGGAAAGAGAAAUGGUAAAAUCAAGGGAAGUCAAAAUCCUGUUGGAGGAUGCUGUGUGCCGGAUGAAAAAAUGCUUGGUCCAGCAAACUUUGACAAGACUAGAAAAUUGUUAAAACGUCGUUCAAGGCAGAAAGGGGGGGAUGGCCUUAAACCCAGUGAGGCUAUUGUUUCAGCAACUAGCCAGAAUGCCUCCAGCAACCACUCAAGUAAUGAGGGGUUUGCCAGAGAAUCAUUCCCAUCGUCAGGGUUGGAUGAACUUGGGAUUUUCCAUGAAGCUUUGAAAAUUGAAACUGGUGUUGAGGCCUGUGAAUUACCCAUUCACGAUGUUGGGAAUAGACCAUCAGAAUCAUGGACUUUGGAAUUGUCUGCUUCUCAAGCCAAGGGGCGUAAAGUUUCUAAAACUUCAAAAUCCAGUGCUGGGGUAAGCAAAAGUCAUUCUCAUGUCUCUGAUAGAGGCAGGAGAAAAAAUGCUUGUGAGAAGGAGGAUAUGUGGAAGUCAAAUAGAAAGGGCAAGGUCAAGGAGGAGGUACUUGCAGUCUUAGAUGCUGGGCAACAGGAAAAUCACCCAGAAAUAGGUGGGAGCAUUAAUGUCCCUUUGGUGAAAAAGGAUUCAGAGGCUUGGGGACAUGAUGAAUUAAGCAAAUUAAAUCUAGUAGCUAAUGAGACAAGCAGCAGUCUGGCAAGAAACAAUGCCGGAAAUAUUGUCCCCGCUGAGAACAUAUCUAGCUUUAAUGUUGUAUCCAAUGGGUUCGAGGAGCAGUCUUUACCACCACGGAUUGCAUGGGUAUGCUGUGAUGACUGUCAUAAAUGGAGGUGUAUAUCAGCUGCACUUGCAGAUUACAUAGAGGAGACGCAUUGCAAAUGGACUUGCAAGGACAAUGCAGACAAGGCAUUUGCUGACUGCUCAAUUCCUCAAGAGAAGUCAAAUGCAGAGAUUAAUGCAGAGUUAGAAAUAUCAGAUGCCUCUUGUGAAGAAGAUGCUUAUGACAGACGCUCGAAUUAUAAGGCAUUUGAAGGGAAGCAGCCAACAGCCCCUCAACAGGCAUCUUGGAGACUCAUAAAGUCUAAUUUGUUUCUGCACCGUAGCCGUAAAACCCAAACCAUUGAUGAGAUAAUGGUUUGCCAUUGCAAACCUCCUCCAGAUGGCAGCUUAGGUUGUGGAGAUGAAUGCCUGAACCGGAUACUUAACAUUGAAUGUGUUAAGGGGGCCUGCCCUUGUGGGAACCUUUGCUCAAACCAACAGUUCCAGAAACGCAACUAUGCAAAAUUUAAGUGUUUCCGUUGUGGAAAGAAAGGAUAUGGGCUGCAGUUGCUUGAAGAUGUUUCUGAGGGACAAUUUCUUAUUGAAUAUGUUGGAGAGGUGCUUGAUGUGCAUGAUUAUGAAGGACGACAAAGGGAGUAUGCUUCCAGAGGACAAAAGCACUUCUACUUCAUGACAUUGAAUGGCAGUGAGGUCAUAGAUGCAUGCGCUAAAGGGAAUUUAGGGCGUUUUAUCAACCAUAGUUGUGAACCCAAUUGUCGUACAGAAAAGUGGAUGGUGAAUGGAGAAAUUUGCAUUGGACUAUUUGCAAUGAGGGAUAUUAAGAAGGGUGAAGAGGUAACAUUUGAUUAUAACUAUGUACGGGUAUAUGGAGCUGCUGCAAAAAAAUGUGUUUGUGGAUCUUCUGUAUGCCGGGGUUAUAUUGGUGGAGAUCCAUUGAAUGCUGAAACAAUUGUUCGAGGCGAUUCAGAUGAAGAAUUUCCAGAACCUUUAAUGUUUGAUGAAAAUGGCUGCAAUGAGGAUACCAUGGAUGGAAUUAUUUCAUCUACUAGCACAGUUAAUGGUGCUGGUGCUGCAGCACAAUAUACAGGGAUUCCUUUGCAAGCUGGAGAUACCAUUAGCAAAUCUGAAGCUGCCACUGUGGGGUUAAAUAUUUCUUUAGAGAAGGAAAAUACCCUGAGCGGAUCCUUUUCUUUUGGUGAACCAUCACAAUCAAGAAUCUCUUUGAAAAUGGAAGACAGUUUGAGCAAAUCUUUAUCUUCUUCUGUACCGCCACAGGUUUCUGUACAAAGAGAAGAUGGAAUGAGAAAAACCUCUUCUUCCACUCAAUUGGUUGAGGUUUCUUUAACAAAGGAAGAAACCGCAGAUAAAUAUUUGUGUAAUGUUCAAACAUUGGAGAGUUCAUCCUCAACUGUAAACUCUAUGAAGAAAGCCAUGUCUAGUUCAGUAGGUACUGACAAGUCAAGAUCUGAGUCAGUUGAGGAUAAGCCCAAUAUUUCAAAGUCACGUCCUCGUGUGAAAGCAUCUCGGUCAGGUAGCUCAAUUGAAAAAGGAAAGUGCACUGUUUAUCCUGUUAUCGCCAAUAAAGCUCAGGUUAUGGCCAAACCCAGAAAACAGGUCGAUGGUGCUAUUCGUAGUCGUUUCGAAGGGGUUGAAGAGAAACUCAAUGAGUUACUAGAUGGCGAUGGGGGAAUAAGCAAACGGAAAGAUGCAAGCAAAGGCUACCUAAAGCUUUUGGUUCUCACUGCAGCUUCGAGAGAUAAUGGCAAUGGUGAAGCAUUUCAAAGUGCCCGAGAUCUUUCAAUCAUUCUUGAUGCGCUUAUGAAAACAAAAUCACGGACAGUUUUGACUGACAUAAUCAACAAAAAUGGUCUGCAGAUGCUGCACAACAUACUGAAGCAGAACAGGGGGGACUUUAAGAAAAUUCCUAUUCUUCGAAAGCUUCUUAAGGUAUUAGAGUUUCUUGCGCUAAAGGGAAUCCUUACCUUAGAACAUAUCAAUGGAGGCCCACCUCAUCCUGGAAUGGAAAGCUUUAAGGACUCAAUACUUACACUGACUAGACAUACUGAUGUACAGGUUCAUCAAAUUGCGAGAACCUUCCGAGAUAGAUGGAUUCCCCGUUACAGCAGAAGGUUUAACUACUUCGACAGAGAUGAUAGCAAGUUGGAACCCCAAAGUGGGCCAAACAGCAAUUGGUUUGCAUCAUCAUAUAAACGCUGGCAUGAUCCAGGUUUAAGACCCACAGAAGUAAUUAAUUCUGUUAGCCAAGCAACAUCUGUGCCAACUCCUGUUGAAACUAAUACCCAGGAGGGCAGUUCCAUGCCUGCUGUUGGCAGCUGUCCAGCUAGUGGGACAAGGAAACGCAAGCGUAAAAGUCGCUGGGAUCAGCCUGCAGAGAAGAAAGACGACCCACCCGCUCAGCAUUUUGAAGAACAGAAAAUUGGGCCAAAUUCAGGAGAGAAAAUGGAUCCAAGCUCACUGAAGCUUGAGAUCAGUGACACAGUGCUGGACCAGGUAAUUGACGUGAACAGAGAAAAGAAGACAUGCAGUGGCUGUGUUAAGAAUCUUUCUCAGCAGGAUGAAGUUUCAGAUAGGGUUGAUGCAGUGCAGCACAUCGAAGAAGAUGUACCACCUGGGUUUGCAUCUCAUCUUAAUGGUCCAGCAGGUUCAUCCAAUGUUGGACCAUCUAUUACAGCCAGUCUUUCCACACAAAUUGCUAGCCCUUCAGAUUGUGGUUUAGAAGUGAUUACAGGGCAUCCCCAGGAGAGAUUCCUUUCUCACUUGCAUGUGUCAUAUGGUAUUCCGUUCCGCCUUGUGCAGCAGUUGGGGAUGCUCCAGACCGAAACCAUUGACUGUUGGUCCAUUGCACCAGGGGUUCCUUUCCUUCCCUUCCCACCAUUACCUCCAUUUCCACGUGAGAAAAGCAAUCCUCGACCCUCACCAUCUGCUCCUGAUCCUAUGGUGAUGCAUGGACAUGGAGAAGCAGUUCAGCAGCCCAGCCACUGUGUGGUAGCUCAUAACAUGGACCCAAGCAUUCCGAGUACAUCAGGCGCAAGACCAGAUGCACCAGUUACCAGAGAGAAUAACCAGGAUGUAGUUGAGCGAGCGAGGGGUUCUUCAUAUGGCUUAGGGAGGAAGUACUUCAGGCAGCGCAAGUGGAAUGACUGUGUAACCCCAAGAUUUCUUGGGAGAAGGAAUAGUUCGGAGUUCAAGGGGAACAACUCAAGAAAUGGAGUUCGCAGUAUAGUUGUAGGAAAUAUAGCAAAUGAGAGUGGGGGUCAUUGUUGUUCACAAGGUGUAAACACCGGAGACAAGAAUGUUAGCUCUUCUUUCUGUCAACAUACACCACACCAAUAUCAGCAUUGAUUUAAACGAAAGCUGUGUGAAGCCACAGGCUUUCCUCUCUUCCCUUUUUGUAUUUUAAUUCUUUAUUGCACAGGCUCUAUAAUCAAUGCAUAUAUCCAAUUCAAUUCCA